GCUGGCUAGAGAGGAGUGGCAGCCACGUCUCCGCCGGUGCCCCCUCCUCCCUCUGCCCAGCCGCUGUUCGAGCUGAGCUGUCCAGCUUGCAGCCACCCUCAUCCCCGGAGCCACAGGGUGGGCUAAAAAUAACCCGAAGACCAGCCAUCAUCCAGGGUGCAGGUGCUGGCCGAGGACACAGGAUCCCAGGGACCCCGUGUGGAGGACCAGGCAGAGCACUUCUGUCCCUCACUCUGGCCCCACCCAGGCUCUCGUCCCUCCUCCCUGUUAACCCCUUUUGCCUCCUCUCCCGGGAGGGCCUGAGGAGGUCACUUGUCCUGGAGGAAACUCUGCCACCAGCCUCAAGAUGGGCCGCUGCAGCAGGAAGGUCCUUCAGGCUCUGAGUUUCCUGUGGCUGCUGGGUGCCAGCUCUGCCCAGGGCACCUGGGAGGCAAUGCUGUCGGCCAGGCUGGCCGAGAAGUCCCGAGCUGAAGAGGGUACGCCAACAGGCUCCCGGCAGCCCCGUGCAGACCGCUGCCCACCACCCCCACGGACGCUGCCCCCAGGUGCCUGCCAGGCCACACGCUGCCAGGCCGACUCCCAGUGCCCGCGACACAGGCGCUGCUGCUACAACGGCUGUGCCUACGCCUGCCUGGAGGCUGUGCCACCUCCACCAGUUCUAGACUGGCUGGUGCAGCCCAAACCCCGAUGGCUUGGCGGCAACGGCUGGCUGCUGGAUGGUCCUGAAGAGGUGUUGCAAGCAGAGGCAUGCAGCACCACCAAGGAUGGGGCGGAGCCACUACUCUGUCCCUCAGGCUAUGAGUGCCACAUCCUGCGGCCAGGGGACCCAGCCCAGGGCAUACCCAACCAUGGGCAGUGUGUCAAGCAGCGCCGACAGACAGAGGGGCGGAUCCUGAGACAGAAGCUUCACAAGGAAUAUCCAGAAGGUGACUCCAAGAAUGUGGCGGAACCUGGAAAGGGACAACAGAGGCACUUUCAAUGAAGCCAAGACUGGCAGGUCACACUCAGAGUGGUUCAACAGGUGCCUGGAGAUGGGCAACACCCUGCCCAUUAGAUGAAGGAGUGCCGCCCUAGCCAGUCUUGGAGACGGGGAAAACCGAGGAUCAGGAUGACUAUCUCUCAUUUCACUAGUCACAGCUGAGCCAUGGAAUACCUGCUCACCACCUGUGUGUCAUCAGCAGCCAGCUGCCACAAAAAUGCCACAGAAAGCCUCCUGCUCCUGUUACCCAGGCUCCAAACAAGAAGUCAGAAUGUCCCCUCUGUGAAAUCAACAAGAUUUAUUACUAACAUAUUUCAAAUAUAAACUGUUAGAUUACGCACCUGACCCUUUAAUAUUAUGAACCAGGCUGGGUGGUGGUGGCACACGCCU